AUGACAGGAGAAGGUUCAGACCGUCCUGAUAAAGGAAAGGGGGUAGCAAGGCCUAAAAAGAGGCAACGACAAGGCCCAAAGUAUGUACUUAGGGUGCCUGCUACACUGCCUACCCCUACAUUGCACCCUCCUCCUCGUACCCCUACAGUACACCCUCCUCCUCCUACCCGUGCAGUUCACCCUCCUCCUCCUACCCCUAUGGUACACCCUCCUCCUCCUGCCCCUGCAAUACACCCUCCUCCUCCUGCCCCUGCAGUUCACCUUCCUCUUCCCACCCCUACAGUACACCCUCAUCCUCCUACCCCUACAGUACACCCUCCUCCUUCUACCCCUACAACAGAGACUCUUCCUCCCCUUGUCAUUAUUACCCCCACUCCUCCUCCCAACCCUACUUCUAUACCUUCCUCAUCUUUUAGACCGCCUUCUGAUAUUGCCACACCAUCUGUUGAUUCAGCUGGUGAUGGUGAUGGUGAUGGUGUUGACCCGCCCCUCCAUGAUCGACCAUGGAUUGAGCCAUAUAGCAAAGGGUUUAUCCCAUCCAGGGUUGCUUCCCAAGCCAUCACACGGUCAAUUAAGCAAUAA